AUGAGCUUUAGAGGUGGAAGGGGGCAAUUUCUGUACAUUGCUGCCUGUUGGAGACAAUCCGAGCGACCUAAGACCACAUCAGUUCAAAUGCCCAAACCGCUUACCUCGCAAAUUUGGAUCAUCCUUGCCCUAACCUGGGCCUCCUUCGUCCCCCAGAUCAAGCAUGUGUGGCAGACGAAAGACAGCAGGGGCAUCUCCACUGCCUACCUCCUUUUCAACCUGCUCUGCAUCACCGAGCAUGUCUUUUUUCACUCCCUUGACAUAGCCUAUCUUUGGGAUGUCUCCAAAUUCCCCUCCGCGCCGGUCUCUGUCUCCCCCUUGGACUGGGUCAAUCUCGCUCAAGUAUUGGGGGAUUGGGUAUUGUCCAACAUCUUGUUCGCGCUGUGUCUCUCCUACUCCCCUCUGACCCGCCCCCAUCGUCGUCUGCGAACUCUCUUGGUCCUCGCUCUCUAUUGCUUCUUCCUGCUGUUCACUCUGGUCCCGCUCAUCUUAGACCUCACCACCGACGUCUUUUGUCCACCGAACCAUCCGCACGAUUGCCUGCUACCGGAGCGGGACGUAGUCCCUUUCCUCCGCGGCGUCCACUGCUACUUUCUAUUACCACUCACGACAGUGAUUCUCCCUGUUCUGGGCAUCUUUAAGCAGGUACAGCGCCAAAGGCGACAACUACAGCAAGGACAACGAAGAAGACAGCAGCAGCAGCAGCAGCAGGAGGAGCCCCGCGAACAGGCCAUGAUGAUACCUCCGUCUCAUCCACCGACCACCCCUACAGAUCUUAACCGCCUUCUUGCCCGCUCCCGCCUUUUCCAGGCUGCUAUCUUCGCGCUCUCAGCCAUCCUCUGGAUCUUCCGCUUGCCCCCAGGGCAGCAGGAACGUGAGGACGAUCCGCCGCCGCCCGAUGCUCCUCUCUUACCCCGGCCCUGGCUGUUGGUCUUCUUGCACUGGUGGAUGUUCAUGGGGUAUAUGACCGUUGAUGAGGCCAUUUUCGCGAUCGGGCAGGGGGUGUUGGGGUACUUGGCUCUACGGAAGGCGGCAGAAGCAGAUGGGAGAAGUGAAAGUGAGGAGGAGGCGGAGAGAAGGCCGUUGUUGGUAGCGGCCGAGGAACGUUCCACAUAUGAAUCUGCAAGUUGAACUUUCCCGCAACGCCAC